AUGGCUGAAGAUCUUUUAAGGCUGCCAAAGAGAGGAGAGAGUUUAGAAGAGGUCGGUUCUGAGUGUUUUGAAGAAUUAGCUUCAAGGUUAUUUUUUAAACCAGCUGAGUAUCGUCGUGAUAGGUACGUGAUGCAUGAUCUCUUGCAUGACUUGGCAAUAUUCCUUGCUGGAGACUUCUAUUGUAGACUAGAAGAGCUUGGUGAACAAGAAAAGAAGAAGGCUCUCACUCGUCAUUUGUCACAUGUGCCAUAUCGAUGGUUUGAUCAUACAAGCUCAAAAGUCUUUAAGUCCGAUAUGAAACCAGAAUAUUUGAGGACAUCUUUGUAUAUCGAUGAUUUGUUAAGCAAGAAAAGCAGAGCAUCAAAGUUGAAAUACUUGAGAGUUUUAUCCUUUGGUCAACUUUAUGUAUUACCUGAUUCAAUAGGUAAAUUGAUUCAUCUACGCUAUUUGAAUCUCUCAGGGUGUAGCAUUGGUAGGUUGCCGGAAUCGUUGUGCAACUUGUAUAAUCUACAAACAUUAAUCUUGUAUCAAUGUCGUUUCCUGACCAUGUUGCCCAAUGGCAUGCAUAAACUUGUGAAUUUACAGCAUCUUGAUCUUAGAAAAACUUCUUUGGAAGAAAUGCCUAGAGGAAUAAGCAAAUUGAAACACAUGCCUAUUUUAGAUUACUUUGCGGUGGGCAAGCACGAAGACAAUGGAAUACAGGAAUUCGGAGGGCUCCCAAAUCUUGAAGGAUCAUUUGAGAUUAAGAAGUUGGAGAAUGUUGUUGAUGUGAGCCAAGCAAGGAGUGCAAGGAUGUUGGAGAAGAACCACAUUGACAAGUUAUUGUUGGAAUGGUCUUCAGGUAAUAAAAUGGUUUCAAAGAUAGAGACUUUGAGGGAUAUACUCCAUAACUUGCAACCGCACAAUGGCUUGAAAGAGUUGACAAUAAAGGGAUACAAGGGCGAAAGAUUUCCAGAUUGGGUGGGGCACUAUUCUUACAACAAUAUGACAAAAGUAUCUCUAAUGUCUUGCAAGAAUUGCUUCAUGCUGCCUUCACUUGGACAACUGCCAUCUCUAAAGUCCCUGCGCAUUGAAGGUUUUGAUCAGCUCAAGCGUAUUGGUGAUGAGUUUUACAAGAAUGACAGCGAUCAUCAUUCCUCGCCUAUUGCACCGUUUCCUUCACUCGAGGAAUUGGUGUUUGAUAACAUGCCAUGCUGGGAGGAGUGGCACGUACCUCACCCAGAAGCUUUUCCUCGGCUUAGGACACUUGAAAUAAGAAAUUGUCCAAUGUUAACCGGAGAUAUGCUUAACAACAUAUUGUGGAGAAGGGUUUGUUGUUUGCGGGAAGAUGAAGAAGGAAGGUGUGAUGAGAUGGUAGGUGGUGGGGAUGCUUUAUCAGUAAGGCCAUCUCAAUCAUUUAAUGCAACCACCAUCAACCAUCUACGUAUUUCAGGGUGUCCGUCUAUUGUAUCCUUGUCGUUGGAUGUCUUUCCCAAUCUCAACAAUUUGGAGAUAAGAGAGUGUGAGAAUCUGGAAUCAGUGUCAAUGUCAGAGGCACCACACGCUGCUCUUCAAAGUCUCACCAUAUCUGAAUGUCCCGAAUUAGUGUCAUUAGCAGGAGAAGGACUGGCUGCACCCAACUUGACUCAUCUCAACCUCGUAUUCUGCUCAAAGUUGGAGGCAUUACCACGUGAUAUGAAGAGUCGACUCCCAAGUUUACACUCUCUCCUGAUAUAUCAUUGCCCAAACAUUUGCAGGUUGGCAGAGGGUGGUUUGCCGCCUAACUUGAAAGGGCUUCGUGUGGGAAUUGGCGAGCAACAAAUGAGGGAUCUAUCAUGGAUGGGCAACUUGCACGCCCUCACUCAUCUUACCAUUAAAGGGAGGGAGUGUAAGAACAUAAAGUCAUACCCAGAGGUGGGUUCGCUGCCUCACCUUCCCUCCCUUACCACUCUUCAGAUAUGCUUCUUCCAUAAUCUGGAGACAUUGGAGUGCAACGAGCUUCUCCGCCUCACCUCCCUCCAACAACUACACAUUGAUUGGUGUCCGAGGCUGGAGCAUAUUGAAGGAGAAACACUGCCUCUCUCUCUCUUGCUACUUCAAAUUGAACAAUGUGGUUUGCUGGGAGAACACUGCGAGAACAAGCAUAAACUAAUCUGGCCCAAAAUUUCCCACAUCCCAACCAUUGAAGUCAAUCGCAAGAAACUUUCCUGA